CGGAGAGCGGCCGCGCCGAGCCCAUGGCCGCGCUCAAGUACGCGGGGCUGGAGGACACGGACAGCGAGGAGGAGCUGCCGCCGGGCUGGGAGGAGCGCACCACCAAGGACGGCUGGGUUUACUACGCCAACCACCUAGAAGAAAAAACACAGUGGGAACAUCCUAAGUCUGGGAAGAGGAAACGUGUUGCAGGAGAUCUGCCAUAUGGAUGGGAGCAGGAGACUGAUGAAAAUGGACAAGUCUAUUUUGUAGACCACAUAAACAAAAGGACUACCUACCUUGACCCAAGACUGGCCUUUACAGUAGAAGAUAAUCCAGUUAAACCUACUACUAGACAAAAAUAUGAUGGGAACAGUACUGCAAUGGAAAUUCUCCAGGGUCGUGACUUGAGUGGGAAAGUGGUUAUAAUCACAGGAGCCAAUUCAGGAAUAGGUUUUGAGACUGCCAAGUCCCUCGCCCUGCACGGGGCGUGUGUUAUCCUGGCCUGCAGGAGCCUGGCGCGAGGGAACGACGCCGUGCAGCGCAUCCUGGGGGAGUGGCAUAAAGCCAAAGUAGAGGCAAUGACCUUAGACCUUGCUUCUCUUCAGAGUGUGCAGCACUUUGCUGAAGCAUUCAAAUCCAAGAAUCUGCCCCUCCACAUCCUGAUCUGCAACGCUGCUGUGUUUGGUGCUCCCUGGUCCUUGACAGAGGAUGGCUUGGAGUCCACCUUCCAGGUGAACCACCUGGGACAUUUCUAUCUUGUCCAGCUCCUGGAAGAUGUUUUACGCCAGUCAUCUCCUGCCAGGGUUGUUGUGGUGUCCUCUGAGUCCCACAGAUUUACAGAAAUAAAGGACUCUUCUGGAAAGCUUGAUUUCAGCCUGCUUUCUCCAUCUAAGAAGGAGUAUUGGGCUAUGUUGGCCUACAACCGCUCCAAGCUUUGCAAUAUCCUGUUCUCCAAUGAGCUGAACCGACGCCUCUCUCCCCAUGGGGUGACAUCCAACUCAGUCCAUCCUGGAAAUAUGAUUUAUUCCUCCAUUCAUCGUAACUGGUGGGUGUACACCCUGCUGUUUACCUUGGCUCGACCUUUCACCAAAUCCAUGGGAUUGUGCUGUUAUCAACCUGCAAUAGACUUUGUUGAGGAUCUUUUUCUGGGCUUCCUUUCUGUAUUUCUGUGGCAGCUCACCCUGGAGUUUAGAUGAGUGUUUUGGUCAGAAUGUUGGGAGUGAUCUCAAAGCUUUUCAGCUGCAGUCCCAAGGUGGUGAGCUGCUUGUUCUUGAGUUUUCCAAGGAUAUCUGCAUUGCACAAUGCAGCAUGAUGCAGCAGCAUUUAAAGUGGCUUCAGCUGAGCUGGGCCCAUCACUGGAACUGAGCUUGGAGACAAGGUUGUGUGGAGAGAGGGGUGGUUUGGCAGCCCAAACAAGGAGCCACACAGAAAUGCCUGGACCUGUUUUGAUCUCUGAGGCUGUAGCUUUAGCUGCUGCAGCAUUUGGUGUGUGGAGAGGCCAGUUCCUGGAGCCAGUUUGAAACUGUUUUCUGUGUCCUGAUCUAUUGGGCUCCUGGAGUCUGCAUAGAUGCAAGCAUAUAUCUAUAUCCAUAUAUACAUACACACACAGAGAGAGAAACUGCAGCUGCACAUUCCUGAUUCUAAGACCUUUUUGUAUUAUUGUGGUAUCCAGGAAGCAGUUUGAAGCAUAGCAAUGGAAACUGAAAACUGUUCCUUUCUUUCCCACCCACUCCUUUUCGAAAUCUAAAAUCCACAAGGAUUUCUACACAGAAAUUUAGAAGUAUUUUGCAGAAAGCAAUAGCUGCAAAUAAAUUGCCAUUUUAUUAUUGAAGUAACUGUAGCCCUACUAAUGUCAAAAGGCCUCUUUUACUUACCACAAAAUAGUUACCCAGUAAGUUGGAGAUGCUUAGCUUGUAAUUAAAUGUCAAUUGAAACAAGUGGCCACUGUUAAAACAAAUUGGAAGAGAAGUUCUGAAAGUAACUGUGUAGGCCAUGCAUAUGUUUAGCUGGUUGAUCUAAGGCUCUGGGGUUUUGGAUUUUUUUUUUCUUUCUACCUCUUUUCCUCUCUUUAAAAACUGACUUGAGAAAAGUUGGACCAAGUUGUUUUUUUUGUUUUAACUAAAUGGUAGUCAUUCAGAACCCAUCUGAUUUGUCAUUAUUUACACACAAGACUAAAAUACAUUCAUUGCAAGUUUUGAGCUUACACUGAGUGUGGUAUCUGGUGUCACCCCCAGGUGAUUUUCAGUGUACAAGGACAUAUAAAAUUAUAAGCAGAGUGCCAUUAUCACACGCUUGUGAUAGUCUUACAUAGACCCAAAUAUUUUUGUUGGCAGGUAACACAGCAGAAAGAAUAUCAUGUGUUAGAGUAGCAAGAGCUUAACAGAUGUUUCAGUGAACUGAAUUUUCAAAUCCUUUUACAUUAAGAAAUGGCUGGGGUUUGGGGAAGUUCUGAGGAUAUUGGGUUACAUUUCCUGUUGCAGUGCAAAGCCAGCCAUUGUGUUGGAGUUUAAGCAGAUGUGUUACCCCCUUUUAAUGGUUGGGAGUAAAACAUUGGUUCUGUUGCUGAGAUAUAAAUUACAUUUAUGAAAGCUCAACUUGUCACCUUUAAAAGCCAGUUAGAAGUAGUAAGACAACUCUGCCCUGAAUUCUUCACUAUGUAAGAGACUGAUGUUUGAAGUGCUCUUUGAUUUCUCUCUCCUCACCCAAAGGUAGUAACUUUACAGAACUGGAUUUUGUAUUUAAAACAUUGCUGUUGAGAAUUAUAAGGAAUAUUUCUAAGGGCCUCGAAGUCCUCUGCAUGUCUAAUUUUUAUAUAAAGCUGUGAAUUCUUGUUGCUGGGAUGCUUUCUCAGGGGUGUUUGAGGCCGUAGCCCUGUAUUGAA